UUUAGAACGAUUUGAUAAAUUAGUCGGGCGUUAUAUUUGAGAAUGAAAUUAAUUGUACUUGUUAGUUUGAUGUCCUUAAGCCAAGGAUAUUUAAUAAAGGAUCUAGAAGAACCGGAUAAACGUAUUGUUGGUGGAUUUGAGGUAGACAUUGGAAAAUAUGGCUAUCAAAUAAGUUUACGUAAAAAGAGUAUUUUUAAUCCUAAUGCACCAUAUACCCAUAUCUGUGGUGGUAGUAUUUACUCUGAAAAUAUUGUGUUAACGGCAGCUCAUUGCAUUAUAGCUACAGUUCCGAGUCAACUAAAAGUGGUGGCUGGAGGGAAUAUAAAAAAUGGUAAUGAUGGUGUUUUGGUGCCGGUUAAAGAAAUUAUUAUGCAUGAAAAUUACAAUCCUGACACUUAUAAUAAUGAUGUGGCUAUUUUGGUAGUGUCUGUGCCAUUGCCAUUAAAUAGAUUUACCAUACGUGCCAUAGAAUUAAUAGAUGAUGCCCCCACCGCUGGUACUUUGACAACUAUCACUGGUUGGGGGGCUUUGGUAGAGGGAGGACCCUCUCCUUCCACCUUGCAAGAAGUAAAGGUUCCCGUGGUUAGGCAAGAGGAAUGCAAUGAAGAUUACGAAGGUAAUAUUACCGAAUACAUGCUCUGUGCUGGGUUAAGAAGUCAAGGCGGUAAAGAUGCAUGUCAAGGAGACUCUGGUGGCCCAUUAACAAUACGUAAUAAAUUGGCUGGCAUCGUUUCAUGGGGCAAUGGCUGUGCUAGGCCCAAUUUCCCAGGAGUUUAUGCAAAUGUUUGGACUUUAAGAUCAUGGAUAUUGGAAAAAGUUAUGCAAUAUCAGUAGACAUUAACAAACUAUUUAAGUGAUGUAAUUUUCCACUAAAGAAUCAAAAUAAAAAUAAAUAAA